AUGGAUACACAAACUGGGAGAGGGGUAAGAAGAAGAAGACAAGAAUUGCUAGAUGUUGAUGAUGAUAAUGAUAUAAAUAAUAAAGAAGAAAGUGUACAAGUGACGCAACAGGAAUUUCCAAACACUAAUUCAACUACGGAAUCAACAAAACCUACAACCCCUCCUCUUCCUCCUCAACAAACACAUUAUAAAAGAUCCAAACUGAAAUAUUAUCAAUUUAAACAAGAACUUGAAGAAUUAGAGAUCCAAGAAGAUUUAUCACCAAAUCAACAAUCACGAUUAGAUUAUUUAAUAAAUAAACUAAACAAUUGGAAUAAGAAUAAAAACAACCACAACCAAAAUGAAUAUUAUAAUUUACCAUCAUUGCAACAAUCAAAAAAUGAACUAUUACAUCAAAGACAACAACAAAAACAACAACAACAACAACGACAACAAUCAUUUCAACCAUCAAGGAUGAAUUGGGAAGAUGAACAAUUUAAACGAGCUGAUCAAUUAAUUUUACAAAAUGAUGAUAAGAUAUAUAUAAAUGAUGAUAAAGAAUAUGAAUUUGUUUUUGAUCAAUCACAAUUUGUCAAUUAUGAUGAAAAAGAAGAAGAAGAAUUACCUGGUGAUGAAGAAGACGAGGAAGGUGAUAGAAAUAAUAACUCGGCUUCCAUUAAUGCUAAAUACGAUGAAGUUAGAAAAUCAUUACCGGUAUAUUCAUAUCGUGAAGAAUUUUUAAAAAUUAUUAAUGAAAAUCAAACAUUAAUAGUAGUUGGAGAAACAGGAUCAGGUAAAACCACUCAAUUACCACAAUAUUUAUAUGAAGCGGGAUAUUCACAAAACAAUCGAAUAAUUGCUUGUACUCAACCUAGACGAGUGGCAGCUACUAGUGUGGCUAAAAGAGUUGCUGAUGAAAUGCAAGUUAAAUUGGGUGAACAAGUAGGUUAUAAUAUUAGAUUUGAUGAUAAUUGUAAAGAUGGCAUUACUAUGAUAAAAUAUGUUACUGAUGGUAUGCUUUUAAGAGAAUUUUUACAAGAUCCAACUCUUGAGAAAUAUUCUGUUAUAAUGAUUGAUGAAGCUCAUGAAAGAACAUUAUCUACAGAAAUUUUAUUAAGUUUAUUAAAAGAUAUUAUCAUGACCACAACCAGGAAAAAUGAUUUAAAAAUUAUUAUUGCUAGUGCCACCAUUAAUGCUGAAAAAUUUUCCAAAUUUUUUAAUAAUGCUCCAAUUUUGAAUAUUCCAGGAAGAAGAUUCCCAGUCAAAAUCCAUUAUACAAAGCAACCAGAAGCAAAUUAUAUUCAAGCAGCAAUAACAACGAUAUUUCAAAUUCAUAUGACUCAACCAUUACCUGGAGAUAUAUUAGUAUUUUUAACUGGACAAGAUGAAAUUGAAACUAUGGAAGAAAUAUUACAUGAUCUGAUAGUUAAACUUGGUGAUCAAAUCAAUCCCAUGAUGGUUUGUUCUAUAUAUGCUAAUUUACCUCAAGAAUUACAGCAAAAAAUUUUCCAACAAACCCCGACCAACACCAGAAAAAUUGUUUUAGCAACCAAUAUUGCCGAAACUUCAAUUACCAUUGAUGGUAUUUCUUAUGUUAUUGAUCCAGGUUAUGUUAAACAAAAUGUAUAUAAUCCAAUAACUGGAAUGGAAAGUUUAGUGGUGGUACCAUGUUCACGUGCCAGUGCUGAUCAACGAGCUGGUAGAGCUGGUAGAGUUGGUCCAGGUAAAUGUUUCCGAUUAUUUACUAAAUGGUCAUUUUAUAAUGAAUUAGAUUUGAAUCAACAACCAGAAAUUCAACGAGUUAAUUUGACAUCAGUAAUUUUAUUAUUAUUAUCAUUAGGAAUUAAUGAUUUGCUUGGAUUUGAAUUUAUGGAUCCACCAUCAAAACAAGCAAUAAUUAAGGCGUUAAAUUUAUUAUAUGCUCUUGGGGCAUUAAAUUCACAAGGUAAAUUGACUAAAAUUGGCAAGAAAAUGAGCGAAUUCCCUCUUGAUCCCAUUUUCACCAAAUGUAUUUUAACUAGUGAUAAAUUUGAUAAUACUAAACAAAUUAUUAGUAUAAUUGCGAUGUUAAAUGAAUCAUCAAAUUUAUUUUAUCGACCUAAAGAUAAGAAAGAAUUAGCUGAUAAGAGGAAACAAGAAUUUAAUGAUUCCCAAGGUGAUCAAUUUAUGUUAUUGAAUAUAUGGCAACAAUGGGUUGAUUCCGGAUAUUCAGUACAAUGGUGUCAAGAUUAUUUUAUUCAAUAUAAAACAAUGAAACGAAUUAAAAAUAUUUAUGAACAAUUGAUUAGAUUGAGUAGAAAAAUCGGCAUUGAAGUGAAUAAUCAUCAACAUCCCAAAGAAAGCAACAACAACGACAACUGUACUUUACUAACAGAAUGUUUAAUUAGUGGAUUUUUCAAUAAUAUUGUUAAAUUGUCUCCCAUGGGGGAUUGUUAUCAAAAAUUGACUAAUGGCAAAAAUGGUAAUAACAAUACACCAUGUUAUAUUCAUCCAUCUUCAUGUCUAUAUAAAUUAAAACCUAAACCCAAAUAUUUAUUAUAUUAUGAAUUGGUAUUGACUAGUAAAGAAUAUAUGAGAAAUUGUAUUAUAUUGGAUGAAAAGUUAAUUAAACAGUAUCUAUAG